AUGGAAGAAAAGCAACGAAAACAGUGGGAUUGUGGAAGCACGUUAUACGACUCGUACGAGUUAAACUCGUUCAAACGCCAAAUCGACUCAGCAAUAGCGAACUCACCAAGAACACAUUCCAUGCCUCAUUUACCUCAACGAGCCAAACUGCAACUUCAAUUUCACGACUCACCACCUUCUUCUCAAAUUAUCAACAACAACAACAAGGCAUCGUCUUUCAAGAUCUCUCGAACCUUCCAGAAACUUCUCCGCUUCGUUUUCAAGUCCGGUAGCAAUAAAUCCAACAACAAGAUCCGUAGCAGUAGUUUCCGAUCGUAUCCGAAAGAUCAAGAACAGCUUGUUUACGAUAAGUUGUAUGAAUCUGAACCUGUUCUUCUUUCUACCAUUCCCGAACUUCCUGAUUUUGAAACCGCUGGUCUUUCGCCGGAUAUCAGUAACUUUGUCAGAAAGUCAGCUUCGGAGCGGUUUACGGCCGCCGCCACCGUUGGUGUUUCGUGUAGUGCUUAA